ACGUAAAAAGCUGCCGUGGGGCACAUCCAGGCUUCCGAAUUCGGCUUCUACAAAGUCCCUCCUCGGGCGGCCGCUCAGGAGCCAUGCCGUUUGCUGCAAUAUUCGAUCUCUUAUUAACCACAGACCAUGCCCAUUGAAAGAUGAUUCAUACAAAUUGUUAUCGUGCUCAGCUCGCUCAAUCAGAUACAUGACCUCGUCUGCGGCAUUUUGCCCAGAUGUCUGGAAGAGGAAGAGCCACGAGAUAUAUCACCAUGUUCUCGAGUCCUUUCCGAACGACAAAUCUCUUUCUGAUUUUCUCUUAUACAAGGGCAAUCGCGACCCUUUGGACGCCAUAUCUCACUGGACGAGCGCGUCGGAGGGAAAGGUGCUGGACAAGCAAGAUGUUGACGCUUGACUUGACCAACAAGAGGAUAAAUCGAGCACCGCCACCAUUCUCGGUACUGUCGACGGUCUCGAUUUCGGGACCGCCUCUGAGUGCAAUCUCUCGUCGCAACCCAGCAGCCCUGAUACGAGUAGCCAAGCAUCGCCUAGGAAAAGGCCACGACGAGAUGAACCGCGGGAGCAAGGGGAUGUGCCGUAUACCCUUCGCGAGGUAGGGGUAUUCGCACACGGUUCACGGUCUUCUCCGGAGAAGAAGAAGCCGCAGAAGCGGACGGCGAAAUCGAGACAUAGGCCAUUGACAGGCUGGUUCAACAAUUGGCUUUAGACUGCGGGCUGCUUUCAAUGUAUAAAGGUC